UAUAAUGAAAUGUCCGCCAUUAUUGCAAAGUUGAUUGUGGUAAUUGAGUGAUUUAAAGAACUUCGCGGAGAUUUAGUCGUGAUAAAAUAUAAAUAAUCUGUUGAGUUAAUAUCAACUUAAUUUUAUUUGUUCAAAUUAAAAACUUUUAAAGCAUGUCUCGCAGUGAAAGUCGCAUUUAUGUUGGGAAUUUACCACCAGAUAUCCGAACAAAGGAUAUACAAGAUCUUUUCCACAAAUUUGGUAAAGUAUCAUUCGUAGAUUUGAAAAAUAGGCGUGGUCCGCCAUUUGCUUUCGUGGAGUUUGAUGAUGCACGCGAUGCAGAAGACGCAGUAAAAGCUCGUGAUGGCUACGAUUACGAUGGGUACAGAUUGCGAGUGGAAUUUCCUCGUGGUGGUGGACCAGGUAGUUUCCGUGGAAAUCGCAAUGACCGGAGCCGAAAUGAUGGUGGCCGAGGUGGAGGUGGUGGCGGUGGUGGACGCGGGCCGCCAACUAAGCGUUCACAAUAUCGAGUCAUGGUAACAGGCUUACCAUCUUCUGGCUCAUGGCAAGAUUUAAAAGACCAUAUGCGAGAAGCAGGUGAUGUGUGCUUUGCUGAUGCUUACAAAGAUGGUACAGGUGUUGUGGAAUUUUUACGACAUGAAGAUAUGAGAUACGCCAUCAAAAAAUUAGAUGAUUCACGCUUUAGGUCGCAUGAGGGUGAGGUAUCAUAUAUACGUGUUCGAGAAGAUACCGCUGAAGGCGAUCGUGGUGGGCGUGAUAAUCGCGAUAGGUCCAGAUCAUACUCUCCACGUGCACGCCGCCGAGGUACUCCUACUUAUUCUCCUCUACGCCGUUCAUAUUCCAGGUCAAGAUCUCGUUCACGUUCAAAUUUUUAAUUUAAUAUUACAAGUUUUUAAAAAUCAUUCAAACAAACACGGCCAAAUAUAAUACUUUGAAGAGUGACAGCUGAAAAUUGAUGAUUGAUGUACCAAUGGUUAUAUACAAUUAUCCUUUAUAUCCCUCAAACAUUUUCAAUCCAAACUGAAUAUUAAGUUGAACCGAAUUUUUAAAGAAUUUAUUAGGUGUUCAGAACCUUACAUUCGAUCUUAACAUAGAUACACUUAAUAAAUUUGCUUUUUUUGAGAACAAAUUUCAAUACUUAAUAUGAAUUAAUUUUUCUAUAAAACUAAUAAGAAUUUAUGAGGUAUUUAAAAAAAAAUUAAAAUUACACAUCAUUACACAUUAUGAAAAAAUACUAAUAAUUAUAUCUUUAUGAUUUUGUUAGAUUUUUUUAAGUAAUAAAAUACAGCAUUUGAAUUAUGUUAUAAUAUUAAUAUAUUUUUCUUCUUUCCGCUCUAUUCACGAAAUAUGUAAUGGAUGGAAUGGAAAUAUGGAUUAUUGGGAGUAACUAUAAUGAAAAUAUGGAUAACAGGAUUGUGAGGAUUUGGAUUUUUAUAUAAGGAAAUGAAUAUAUCACUGCUGAGCAUCUACCAUAAGUGGUAUUUUCGCGCGAGAUUUCGUUUCUUCUUUCAAUUCAACGUACCGGAUUGCUGCUAUAUUUCUUUCUGCUGUAAGAGAAUACUCUCGUGAAUGUAGCAGCUUCCUGCGUUACAUUCAUUUGUCUAUCCCACUAUUUUCGCUUCGAUUUUGUUUAAUAUAAUUCGAAGGAGAAGGAACAUAAAAUUGGUACUACAUGUUGUAUAGGACAAUUUAUAGGACUGCGAGGGAGGAUUAUUCAUUCAACCUUAAAAAUUAGGUUUCAACCAAACAGUAAAGUUUACCAUAAUG